ACCGGAAGCGUUAGUGUUGUAGUGACGAGUCACCUCGACAGUCUUCCGCUGCUUUUCCUGUCAGAAUGGCUCGUCUAUUCCCUUUUAAAAUCGCGAUUAUUUCCACUGUUUUGUUCCUCGUAUGCACGAAUUUUGUAUGUUGUAAUACUGGCAGACGGGUCGGUGAUGACUUGGACACCGAGUUCAGUGGUUUCUCUGUGCCUCUCGAGCACUCUUUCGAAGUUGAUGAUGUAGCAAAGUUUCAAGGUCGUGGAGCACUGGUGUUCAAAGGUGGAAGGGAACCCAGUGUCUCACUGAGCCAGAACCAGCUGUCGGAGGAAGACAGAAUUAAACUGAAGGAAGUGGCUGCAGUGGAUGGUCUGUACAGAAUCAGAGUGCCCCAUGUUUUCCUUCAGGCAGAGAGACAGACGGAGCAGCAGAGUGAAGGUUACCUCACAUCGUUUGUCAGAGCCUGUGCUAUGGUUGAGUCCCAUCUGAGCGAUGCAAUCACUCUCCACACUGAUGUCUCUGGGUAUCUCAUCGGCGUCUCUAUAGUGACAUUACCUGGGGCCUGUAGAGGCAUUGAGGUUGAGGAUGAAGUUGAUCUUGAAGUUUUCAACACCACGCUCCGUGUCAUGGCACCUAUUAAUGCACCCGGGCCGGAGACAGCUGUGUUCCUUGAAAGAAUGGAACAAGAAUCUGAGAAGAAAGCAAAGAAUCCACAGGAGCAGAAGUCUUUCUUUGCUAAAUAUUGGUAUUUGAUUCUGGGAGGUGCAAUCUUCCUCUUGGCCACCAAUUCGGCACAGCCCCCAGCAGGGGGAGGCAGAGAGCAGAGCUGAUUCCCACCAAAUGGAUGUACAUCGUUCCUCUUGUUCUCUUUUUGAUGAUGUCUGGUGCUCAGGACCAAUCAGGAGGAGGAGCUGGUGGAGGAGCAGCCAAUGGAGGUGGCCGAUGAUUAGUGCACUAACGCCAACAACAUUUUGACAAGAUUUACUGAUCAAUAAGUCUCUUGAACAGUUGUAAUUGCUCUACAUUAUGCUGAUUCAGGUAAUUUCUGUCACACACACACAGACACAUCACUGAAACCUGUACAGUACGGAGGAUAUAUUGUGCCCUGCAGAUGACUGCAUUUUUAUUACUAAUGUGAAAAUAAAGUAUUUAUUAGUGGAAUACUCAGA